UGAGGACCCAUAAUUUUUGCAUUUUGAAUUACUUUAAACCUUAGUUAAGGUAUAAAAAUUUAAAAAAUUCACAUAUUUAAAGAUUGUUAAGGAAUGUCAGAUACUCCAGUUUCAGUUUCCCCGACUCCAGGGGCACCAGAAGUACCAUUUGUACCAAAAAGUACCACCAUCAUAUCACCUAACCAAUAUGCCUUGAUCAAGCUUCCCUCUGAAGGUAUGAAGAUUGUUGAUCUUUGUCCUGGAGGAAUCGUUAGUUUGGGUAAAUUCGGAUCAUUCGAAGUUGAUGGAAUCUUUGGUUAUCCAUUUGGUCAAACAUUUGAAAUCCUUGAUAAUAAUAAGGUGACACCUAUCAAAAGCAUUACUUUUGAGGCUGAAACUUCUGCCACUACCAAUGAAGAUGAACCAGAGUUGACCAAGGAUGAGCUCACUACCUUGUUCUCCAACUCGGCUGAAAACAAUCAAAACAUCAUUAAUAUCGGAUCUAAGAUUCAAAAGCUUUCACCAGAAGAUGUUGAUGAAUUGAAAAAAUCUGGAGCUUCAUCUGAAGUAGGACAGAAAAUCAUUGAACAAAUGAUUGCUGGUCAUGAAGGUUUUGACAAAAAGACUAUAUUUUCCCAACAAAAGUAUUUGAAACGUAAGCAACAAAAGUUCUUGCGUAGAUUUACUGUGGAAUAUUUGGGUUCCUCCCAAGUUCUUCAAUAUUAUAUUGAAAAGGAUGCUCAAAGAGUGUUGGAUAUGAGUGAAGAAUCAUUGGGACUUCUUUUGAACUACGCCAACAUUAGUCCUGGAGGAAGAUAUUUAUUGGUUGAUGAAACUGGUGGUGUUGUUCUUUAUGCCAUGAUGGAACGUAUGAAGGGUAAGGGUACCAUUGUGGUUGCUCAUGAUAACGAACAUCCAAACCAUAUAGCCUUAAGAUACUCCAAUUAUUCACCUGAAAUGAUCCUGGAUAUGGUCAAGCCAAUAAAUUGGUUGCAAUUCAUGGAACCUGAAGAAGAGAAGAUUGAUUGGGAACCUGUCACUCCUGAGGAAUUACAAGAAAUGAAGUUUGCCAAGAGGCAACAAUACGACCGUCGUAAUAAGCGUGCCACCGAGGUCAAUUCUGUCAUUCAACAAGUUCAAGACGGUAAUUUCGAUGCCGUUGUUGUGGCGACUACGUUACAUUUACCAAGCUUACUUCCUAGUUUGGUUACUUGUGCCGGUGGUUCCCGUCCAAUUGUUCUUUACAGUCCAUACAAGGAAACUCUUUUGGACGCUCAACACAGUCUUCUGGAUGACAAGAGAGUGUUGGCCCCAUCUAUCUUUGAAACAAGAGUAAGACCCCACCAAACCAUCCCAGGUAGAAUGCAUCCUGUUAUGUCUAUGAGAGGAUUUGGUGGAUAUGUUCUCUGGGGUACAAGAGUUUUCCCUAAACAAGGUGGUGUUACCGCCAUUGGUAGAGGAAUAUCAAAAAAGAGAAAGGUUGAGGAAAAGGUUGAAGAAAAGGUUGAAGAAAAGGUUGAAGAAAAAUCUGAAGAAAAGAAAUCAGACGACAUGGUUGUAGACGAGAAUUAAUAGCAUAGAGUACAAUAAACAUAAUUUAUUCAU